CAGUGAAGCAUUCUUGUUUGUGAGUGGCAGCUUCAUACACUGCACAGUCAGAUUGGAAUACAAAGUUAAACAGAAAAUAAUAUUUUUUUUUUAAAUCAAGCAGGAUAGAGUAGUCCAAACGAAUAAAAAUAUAGGCUUAAAUGCUAAAAAUGGUUAACCAACCCGGGGACCCAGUACUAAACCUAGAGGAAGUUAACCAACCCGAGAACCCAGCACCAAAACCAAAGAAAGAAACUCUCAAAACAACUCUUAAGAAAUUGGCUGAAUCAAGUUCUUUGCAUGGUAUAACAAAGAUUGUGUCAUCUGAACAGAUUGUUGUGAAAGUAUUGUGGUCUAUAUUGGUUCUAGCAGCAUUUGCUGUAGUCAAUUUUCAACUGUACCUGCUAUUUAAAACAUAUUAUUCGUAUCCAUCACAAACAUCUGUGACGCUAGACUUAAGUCCUAUUGUUUUCCCUGCCAUUACUUUGUGUAACUUGAACCCGGUACGAAAAUCCCAGCUUCACAGAUCAGAAGACUUGCGGGAUCUCCUGUCAGAGGAUCAGGUUUACGCAAGAAGAAAGCGGGAUAUCGAAAGAACUAAAUCAGAAAAUAAACAUCUGCUGGAGACUGAAGGAAAAGCGAUGUUCAAAGCCCUGACAAGAAGCCUAAACGAUAAAAUAAUCAAGGAAAACAAACAUGCGGAAGGAAAACACAAUAACAUCACUGAUGUUCGUCGUGAAAAUAAACCAAAAGUUUCUUUUCAAAAGUUCACUUUUUCUUACUUAAACACAGAGAAACGUUUAAAAUUAAACAACCAUGAACAACUCAAGAAUACACAAACUGUAAGACAAAAUGGGGAAGGUCUGCGAAAUAGAAGAGAUGCAGACAUAACUACAAAGGCAACAGAAGCUGCUUCUUAUUCAGUUACAAAAGCAAGUUCUGAUUCAGUGACAAAAGAUGCGGUUACUAAAGCAAGCUCUGAUUCAGUGAUAAAAGAUGCGGUUACUAAAGCAAGUUCCGAUUCAGUGACGAAAGAUGCGGUUACUAAAGCAAAUUCUGAUUCAGUGACAAAAGAUGCGGUUACUAAAGCAAACUCUGAUUCAGUGACAAAUAAUGGACAAUCCGAUGAAUUAACUAGUAGUACAAUCGAUUAUGAUUAUGAUUAUGAUGAUGAUUAUGAUUAUUAUUAUGAUUAUGAUUAUUAUGAUCUGUACGAGGAUUUCUACUGGGACGAUUGGUUUGAAGAGGAAUUGUACUUAAAGCAACUAAGGCUAACCAAAGAUGAAUGGGAUGCACGUGUUGAAAAUUUUAAAGAAGCUAUAAAAAUCAAACCUAUGCAUCUGAGAAGAAAAAUGGGUCACCAAUUUGAAGAUAUGGUCCAGAAUGUUACUUUUGCAGGAAGGGUUCAAAAAGAUCGAAAAUUGAAGAAUUUUACGUCAGCUGAAUAUGGAAACUGCUAUACACUGGCACAUCGUGAAUUUGUGGCUGUAAGAAGUGGGCCAUCUAAUGCAAUGAAGUUGACGCUGAAUGUUGAAAUUGACGAAUAUAUUGAUAAUCUUUCGACUGGAUAUGGAAUUCGGAUAGUUUUUCACGAGCACGGAACAUACCCUUUGCCUUCACAUGAAGGAAUUACUUUGAGUCCUGGAUCGGAAACUAAUAUAGGUUUACGGAUGGUUCGAAUUUUGAGACUUCCUGAACCUUAUGGUAAUUGCAGUGAUGGCCGUGAGUUUGCAAGAAAAUAUCAAAAGAAAUACAGCAUUUCGGCAUGCUACGAGUUUUGUCGUAUUUUGGAAAUUAUUGAAACUUGUAAUUGCCUCCCAGCUGAGGCCCCGGAUGAAGUUCCUCUGAACAAAACGUCACUUCCGGUCUGCAACACAACAGAGGAAGCAGUUGAAAAAUGCAUACUGAAGGUCAACGUGGAAUUGGAUAAUGGAGACAUAAGUUGUGAUUGCCAUCCACCUUGUCGAGAGACUGUUUACACGAAGAAAACAUCCUCCACCUUCUGGCCAUCAGAUGACUAUCUGAAAGUGUUGAUAACAGAGGUGUGUAACAAUAAGUCACAUUCAGACUUCUGGGAUGCUCCUUGUUCCGGCAUGGAGAAAUUAGCUUCACAUGAACUCGACAAAUAUAGGCGCAACUUCUUACGAGUUCUGAUUUAUUUUGAAGACUUGCAUUAUGAAUUAAUCGAGGAGGAACCAAUCUAUGAACCCGUUCGUUUCAUAUCCGAUAUAGGAGGUACGAUUGGGUUAUUCCUUGGCGCGUCUGCUCUGACUUUCGUGGAACUUUUGCAACUGGUUCUCGAAUUGAUCUUGUUCAUAAAACCCAAGAAUCAGAAUGUAAAUUCAUCCAAGAAUCAGAAUGUAAAUUCAGAGAACAGCGAAAGAGAUAGCGAGACACUUCUUUAAAGUAUAACGUGAUUCUUGUUGUGAAUAGCUGUAAAUACAUUUAUAUUCUAAGCAUAUUAGGAGAUAUUUUCUUUCAUAUUUAUGACUAUCAUCUUAACAUUGGUAAAAAAAAUGGAAGAACAAUUAAUAUACAGUGUGAACUGUAAGUUCAUCUGCACCAGAUAUAAUCAUCUUUAUCAUGUUAUUAUUUGGAUUUUGUUAUUUGUUCUGUUUUUUGUUGAUGAUUUUAGAAAUAGAAUUAACUCAUACGCAAAUUUAUUAUUAUAUUAUAUAAGCUGUAGAUCUAACAAUUUUGAUACGUACAAUCUGGCAUGGUAUAGAUUUUAUACUCACUUUAUAUAGGAUAUGUAUAUUUGAAAAUAUUCUUCACUUAUAACUCGUGGUUAAACACACAAUGACAGACUUGAAAUAAUUAGAUCAGAAAUUUCAUCAUGAUUUCGAAGUUAUUAGAGAUGUAUAUUUGUUUACUACAUUGAUGACUUUAUUGAAUAGAACUGGCAUUUUUUGGUACACGUCCAAAUAUUUCUAAAAAAUGUCAGCUAAGAAAAAGAAUCUGUUAUUUUAAAGUGAUUAAUUAAACUGUUUCGUGUGUACAUAUUAUAUGUUUUUAAACAUAUUCAGCUAUAUAAUAGAGAGUCUACCUUACAAAAUUCUGUUCAUUCUUUAUUUAAAUAUAUAUUAUGCACAUCUUUGAGAAAAAAUAUUUUUAUUGCAGAACUUUAUUGAAAUAUAUAAACUUCUUACUAUGUCUUGAAUAAAAAAAAAGAAAUUAUGUAUAGGAAUCUGACUUCCUUAUAAGGAGUCGAGUAAAGCUAGGCCUUUCAUCGACUUCCCUAUUAGGAGUCGAGUAAAGCUAGUCCUUUCCUAAAAAAUCUGACACUAUAUAUUUAUGAUGUGUCGACUUAUAGUAUGUAGGAUUUAAAGCUUAACAUAUUUAAUUUUUGUGAAGUCAAAACAUAGUUUAUUUUAUGGGCCCUAAUUACAAAAGGAUCGUGUGACGUCAGCGGUCCACAAAGCAGUAUAGGACCCCCUGAGCGGUCACUAUCACUGCCGGACUG